UUGGACGUGGCAGCCUGGCGUCUGAUCAGCUGCUCUCUGCGGAUGUCAGCUCAGCCCAGAGGGUACUCGGAGCUUGUCCUCCCGGCGCUUGGUGCACCAACACCCGUCAGCCCCCCUCGGCUCACAGACCGUGCUGACGGCUCUUUUACUUCCGUUUCACCAGCUCUGUCCCGGUUCCCAGUGAUGAGGAGGCGGAGCUCUCCGACCGCGGAGAAGGACAGCGACACGGAGCUGAAGCAGCGACCCGCAGCCGGCUGCCAGCAGGGCCCGGUGGAGGGGAGCAUGAAGCCGUUCAGGAGGUUAGGUGUGAUGGGGAGGAUGAAGAGGAUAAUGAUGGUCCUGCUGCUCGUCUACAUCUCCAUCCCUUUCAUAAUUAAACUCUUCCCCUCCAUCCAGGCUAAGCUGGUCUUCCUUAACUUUGUGAGGAGGCCUUACUUCAUCGACCUGAAGCGGCCGCUCGAUCAGGGACUGAACCACACACACAACUUCUACAUGGAGCCAGUGAUGGGCCAGAAGAUAGGAGUCUGGCACACGGUUCCAGCCCACAUGUGGAGAGACUCUCAAGGUAAAGAUGGAGACUGGUUCAAAUCCAUGUUUAGCUCCACCCACCCUGUCAUUCUGUAUCUUCAUGGAAACUCAGGGACCAGAGGAGGAGACCACCGGGUGCAACUGUACAAGGUUCUCAGUUCAUUGGGUUACCAUGUGGUGGCGUUUGAUUACAGAGGCUGGGGAGAUUCAGAUGGAUACCCGUCUGAAGGAGCGAUGACAGAUGAUGCUUUGUUCAUUUAUGAUUGGCUGAAACAGCAGAUGGGGAAAUCUUUACCGCUUUACAUUUGGGGACACUCCCUGGGGACAGGUGUCGGCACAAAUCUGGUGAAGCGUCUGUGUGACCGAGGAAGUCCUCCUGACGCUCUGGUCUUAGAGUCUCCCUUCACAAACAUCAGGGAGGAAGCCAAGAGCCACCCCUUCUCCAUGGUGUACCGGUUCCUUCCUGGGUUUGACUGGUUCUUUCUGGAUUCCAUCAGUGCCAACAACAUCUGCUUCACCAGCGAUGAGAAUGUGAACCACAUCUCCUGUCCGGUUCUGAUUCUACAUGCCGAGGACGACCCUGUGGUUCCGUUCCAUCUCGGUAAAAAGGUACAAGUCUUUGGGCUGUAUCACCUGGCGUCUCAGUCCAAGAGUCUCAGUGGACACAAAGUCCAGUUUGUCUCUUUCCCAUCGUCCCUCGCCUACAAACACAAGUUCAUCUACAGGAGCCCGGAGCUGCCAAAUAUCCUCAGGGAUUUCCUUGGAGCAGCUCAUCCUGUCACUGCAUGACCAGACAACCUUUUAACGCCUCAUUUAAACAAACAUGACUUUUCUCACAGAACAUUCCUAGCUUGAUGGUUACCACAGUAACGGGAUCUCUCUGACCUGCAGGACGUAGCAAAAACAGAUUUUAGUUUUUCUGGCUGCCGGGCCGACGACUCUACAUCGUUUUCAUUAUUUCUUGUGUUGUUUGAUGCAAUCAGGUGACUCGCCUGUCUGCAGAUAGUUUGUAUAAAUUAUGAAUUAUAAAUUAAAUCUUUGUUUUAUGAA